UUGUUUGGAUGCAUAUUUAGAUGAAAAAACCAAUAUUUCUGAGGGUGAUGACAUUUAUUUAAAAAUCUAUGGAACUGGCACAUUAUCAAAUGGUGAAAUUGUGUAUGCUACUAGUAGAUUUCAUGGUAAGGCAAGGUUUAGUGAUGUUGCAAUUUCAAUAGACAAUAUAAAUGUUAGCUGA